AUGAAAUUUACGUGUGAUUUAUGCGAUAAGAAAUUUUCAACAAAAGAUGCAAGCGAUCGACACUUUAAAGCUAUUCAUGAAGGAAUGAAAUUUACGUGUGAUUUAUGCGAUAAGAAAUUUUCAACAAAAGAUGCAAGCGAUCGACACUUUAAAGCUAUUCAUGAAGGCAAGAAGUUUUCUUGUGAUCAGUGUGACAGAAAGUUCUAUGGUAAAUCUAUACUCAGAGAACAUAUUCAAGUUGUUCAUGAAGGCAAAGCAUUUCCCUGUGAACAAUGUGAUAAAAAAUUCGCCUCGAAAGCUAAUCUUAGCCGACAUGUGAAAGCAAUUCAUCAAGGCAUAGGUUUUUCUUGUGAACAAUGUGAUAAAAAAUUCGCCUCAAAAGUUCAGGUUAGGCAACAUGUGGCAGCAAUUCAUCAAGGUGAGAAAAUAUCUGCGUCUCUUUUAUUGUUUUUGUGAUGCUUUCAACUUAUGGCCUUUUUCACUUGUAAGGACAAUAUUCAUGUCGUUAGGUGUCAGCCAGUGAAGAAUAGUCUUUUCGUAAAUUCGCUUCAAAGUUGUACAGUUAUGCAUAUACAAUAUUUGAUGAAAAGGUUAGAUGGUUUAUUCCUUUACGUUCCCAACGGAACAUAGCACUGCUGUUUAUUUAUAUGUGGUAUGGAGUUGGUAGCCUAAUGCCCAAUCUUCCCUCUGUAUACCAGUUUGAUUCCUGGCCUAGGGAGGUAGAGGAGUGCGUCCGUCGUCCGGGGAUUGAACCCCGGACCACCUGAGGUGUGGUUGAUAAGCGUUUUACCGUUUUUCCACCGACGCACAACAUCAUUUGGUAACCGAACUCUUAUGUACUCGUCUCUAGUUUAUUGUUAUGGACUGGUCGAGAA